AUGGAGUCUCCUCCUUUCCCAAAACUUAAGCUCCCGACGAUCGAGCCUUUUGAUGGUACAACAGAUCCAGACGAUCAUUUGUCAGCCUACAAACAUCAGAUCUUUAAGUUUGAUUUAGUGAAGAAGAAGAUAACAACCUUAACAGAGGUUGUGAAAGAGGCCGAAGCUUUCAUCCAUGCCACGGAAGUUUGUGCAGAGGCAAAACAGCCGGAGGCGAAGAAAAUUGAAGAGGCUAGUCGGCCAAAAAAGAGUCUCCCCAAGAAAGCUGAAACUUGGGCGAUGACUUCGAUGACAACCUCGUCCAAGAGGAGCAGAAAACCUGAACCGACAGCCUCACUUGAGCCCAUAGAGUUUAAGAAAGAUCAGUAUUCCAUUCUCAUGGAAAUCAAGGAUCAGCAUGAGUUUAAGGCGCCGGCAGAGAUGAAGACACCCUACAGAAAUAGGGACAAAAGUGAGUACUGUCAUUUCCACAAAGAUUGUGGUCAUGAGACGAAUGAGUGCAAGCAUCUCAAGAGAGCAUUGGAGGAUUUGGCCCGAAAGGGAAAAAUGAACUCUUAUCUACCCUCGUCAGGAAGGAAAUUCCAGAAAAAAGUUAAUCGUCAAGGAAGAAGGAAAGAUGACGAAAGUACUGAUGAAGACGUGGUAAUGGCUGAGGCUGAUCCUUUCCUCACGAUAGUGGUCAGUAAGCAGGAUCGAGGAAAGAUAAGAACCCCUCAUGACGACCCGUUGGUGGUAGAGAUGAAGAUUGCUAAUCUCAAGGAAAGACGGAUCCUGAUUGAUACACAAAGUUCUACCGACAUCAUCAGUGCGGAUUGUCUUUCAAGAUUAAAGUUUGAUGAAAAUGAUUUGGUUUAUGUUAAUCAUCCUAUCAUUGGAUUCGGCGGAGGGGUAAUUCAUCCUAUGGGGACGGUUACCUUACCUGUCAGGGUUGGAGACAAACAAGCUGCGAGAAUGCUUUUUGUUGUAGCCUAA